AUGGAGGGCGAUGCGGCAGGUGUAAGUUGGUGCUUAAGGUACUAGUUCGCCAGUCUCCGUGCGAUGGAUUCGCAAGUGACCGAACAAGAUUGUGACCAACAACAGCACUAGAACGGGUCACAAGGCGACCAUGCACAUGACCUGUAUGUCCAUCGGGAGUCCAAGUGCCUCUACUGACGGAAUCAGGUACUACCAGUGUACAAUAGGCUGUGAUUGCCGCAUUUAGCCUGGUUCAUCGCUCUUCAAACGCCGGAUCACCAGUCAGCCAACGAUUAGGAAGCACCAUCCUCACUAGCGUGAGAAUGCCACAGGUCACUUAAGGAAAGAAACGUUGCAGCCUGACUCGCAGCAUAUCAGUCCGCCAUUACAUACAAGCACACACAACUGGGCAGACUGCGUGGACUGAGUUGAGACGUCAGUCGGCAACCUUGCAAGGCAGGACUCUUGACGCAACUUGAUAGCCCCACACUCCAAUCACGCAUGUAGCAGAGGGUGCACAUGGGAAAGGAGCAGGAAAGCACACUUUCCACUAAAGUGAGAGGUGGCAGUUGAGUGCUCGCGACGGGUUAUGUUGCUGUGUGGUGCAGUUUCCGGUGGGUGAAGGCGUGAUGGUGUAGUUGUAGCGGCUAAGCGGUGAUGGUGUACGCCCAGUACGCCACAACUUCAGGCCAUAUCCCAAGUUGUUAGAAGCAGGACGCCAUUUGUUUAGGACAUUUUAUUCUGUACAGAAUAGUGAAGGGGAAAUUUGGCAACCGGACGAGGAUGCGUCCGGUGCCGCGCAGACGGCGUCCGCGAGAGCGACGAGCCCUGUGUCGCCGAAGGUCGCCGCUGCAAAAGUGUCAUUGCAGAUUGUUUACUCUAUUGUUCUGGACUGUUCCCGCCUGUCUUACCAAUCAGCAAUAGGAGUUGCGUUGAUUGGCUCCGAGCCCACGCGAAGGUAGUGACAAGCCUCGCGUGGUGUAGGCAGAGAAUUGCAAGGAGACAAAUCGAAGCCGGGCAAACGUGCGUGCCAUAGCAGGCUGUCGCUAGAAAGUAGGUGCAGGCGCUAGCGAGAGGCGCGACGCAGCCAUUAUGGCUGUCCACUACAUAGUAUAGCUGGUAAUUGCCUACCACAGAUUUCAUAAAUGCGCAUGUGGCCUAACAGGCCGAUGUGCUGACUGCAAGUGUGGGGACAGUGAGGGCAGUUGGGGAGGAUGCGACGAGUGAAAGUCGAGUGCCAUGUUUUGCCAAUUAUGGUAAAGCUAAAGCUUACAAACCACGGGGCUCAGAUGGGUUACACACCCCUGCAUUUGCCUGGCACACCACUCUCCGAAGGCCGGUUGCCAAGUCAAUCAGUGACUGAAAGGCACGAAACACUAAGUAAUACACAUACCUUACGUGCGCGGUAGUGAAAUGUCGACAACGGGCUCGACCAAGUACGUCCAGGGCAGUCUAGUGGAUGACGAUCAGCAUUUGACUUCUCCCAGUCUCCACGUUGUCUUAGUCGUUCGGGGAUGGCAGUUUUACCAGGUGCUAGGCUAUCUGAUUGUCGAUGCUCAAGCGGUGAUCAUUCAAAUUCGAAAGAACAGUACUCUACUUAACUGUGGUCGUUUACCUUGUGGCCUCCUGUGGGGCUCCCCUAUCUUGGAAAAGAUGAAGCGAAUUUUUGUCUUUUGAACAAGAGCAUGGGCUCACCGGAACGGGUUUACUGAGAUACUGACGUUUCGAAGAACUUGGUCAGCUCGCAAUUUUCAAAGCGUGAAGUGCCCUAUGUCGAGCAGAAAUCCUAAGUGGUAUGUCAUGUUGAUCGGCCUCGUGCUGAUCGAGUUUCCUCUCCUCUCGCUGACUCGGCCUCUCCAGUGAUGGACUUUUGUCUGCGGGCUUCGUGAGUCACCGCUGCGUUGGGGGGAGGUAAUUGGACUUUUGUAGGGUGAUCGGUUUGGCGGUUCUUUUUUCAGUUUAUUUGGUAAGGAUAAUAGGCAAGGCCUUUGAAAAGCCUAUUGAUUACAUGUCAGCUCGUUAGAAAUAACUGUAUACGAAAAAUUAAAAUAUCCAAUAUUAAAACAGUAUUUGAUUUAUUUGAGUAGCACUGUCUCAGAAAAUAAAUUGCGGAGUCGAGGGGUAUUUAGAUCAGAUUCAGAUUGUCGGGGGAAAACCGGGGACACAAAUGAUCAUACGGACGUUUCUUGAAGAGUUGCAAAGACGUCGCCUCCACGAGAGAGAUCGUUCCAUUUCUACACUACUCUUUGCAUGAAAAUUUCCGAACGAAGAUUCAGCCUGGGCAUUGUUGUCCGUAGCUUCAUCGAGCGACAAGGAAAAUUGGGUGAAAGUUGCCACUGAAACCUGCCCUUAAAGCUAAGUCCAUGCUCAAGGCCGUGUAUUAUCUUGUAGACGAGGAUAUGAACACCCCUCAUUGCUGCCUGUAACACAGAGGGAAUAAAUUAAGGCCCUUCAGUCUGACUGUGAAGGCUCGACAUUUUAGACCGUUUGGCAGAUUUGUUGCACGGCGUUGUACCCGUUCGUGCACAACCCCUGUUAGGUAAAACUUUGUCUGCGCGGGCCAGGUCGUGUGUGUGGCACGCUCAGACGAGGCCAGUCGCUACGUCAGUCACUGCGCCCAUUCCCCGCACCCGCCCUACCACCGAGACCAACUCUGCAACUACCUACCUUUCGGCCUGGUCGUGCGUUUACAAAUCCAUCGUUCGGAUACUGGUGAGCCAGUGCCUGGACGACCAACUUUCCACAUUGCCCUCACGCAUCCAACCACCGCAUGGGUCUGCCACGUCCCCUGGGCAUUCAAGAAAACUUGCGGUAAAUCACUGCAGGCACGGCCAGAUCACAACACGUUCCCCUAUUUAGGACAUGCACCACACAUGCACCCGUCCAAAUUCUCUAAGCACCAGCACCUCCUACGUAAGUGGGAAGUUUUCUCUCUGGCUUCUUGCCCUGUGUGUUUCCGCUGCUGCAUAUUUGGUCCGAGCCUGAGGAUCUUACGAUGCGCCGAUCGCCGCGGCUUCAGAGGCCACCAACUGACGAUUCAGUUCAGUCUGCGCAGUCAUUCCAGUUGUAUGUGGGUGUUUUGGAAGCUUGACUGGUGGGCAGACAGCCAGGUUAAAAUGGCUCCUUCUUAACGUGACCACUAGCAGCCUCACGCAUAUGAGAUGGCAGAUGCAUAUGUCCUGUUAUAGGAAACCUUGUGUUUGCGUCUGUGGAGGCCAGGUCGCGUGUGUGUGUGUGUGUGUGGAAAGCGCAGACGAGGUCAGUCGUUACGUCAGCCACUGCGCCCAUUCCGCGCACCAGACAACUGAGCGGCUCGGACAGUGGGUGGGGCUUGGGAAUGAAAAAAGGGAGGCCAAGGGCUUAGUGCAUUUUCCACAUGAUCCUGUGCUGGAGCACACCGCAGACAUCGUCGGCAACGACGGUGGUGGUGGUGGUGGUGCUGCUGCUGCUGCUGCUGCUGCUGGUGGUGGUGGUGGUGGUGGUGGUGAUGCUGCUGCUGCUACUGCAGCUGCUGCUGCUGCUGCUGCUGGUGGUGGUGGUGGUGGUGGUGGUGGUGGUGGUGCUGUUGGUGGUGGUGGUGGUGAUGAUGACGAUGACGAUGAUGAUGAUGAUGAUGAUGAUGAUGAUGAUGAUGAUGAUGAUGAUGAUGAUGAUGAUGAUGAUGAUGAUGAUGAUGAUGAUGAUGAUGAUGAUGAUGAUGAUGAUGAUGAUGAUGAUGAUGAUGAUGAUGAUGAUGAUGAUGACUGA